CACUUCGCAGUCAGCUGUCACGACAAAUUCUGUUCCGAACAGGCUAAAUUGCAAGUUAUUUGCUAGACCAAAGCUCACUUUUCCUCCGCACUAUGACGCUACUCAUUAAUCCUCGUCGCCCCGAGAAGGUGCAUCGCUACAAACCCGUCGACUCGGCCAACCAAGGUGCUGGAGUAGGGGAUGAUUUGAUGCCAGAUUACAUGAAUAUCCUCGGUAUGAUAUUCUCAAUGUGUGGAUUGAUGAUGAAGCUGAAAUGGUGCGCCUGGUUGGCGCUGUACUGUUCCUGUAUUAGCUUCGCAAACUCCCGGAUUUCAGACGAUGCCAAGCAGGUGCUGUCCUCGUUUAUGCUCAGCGUAAGCGCAGUAGUGAUGUCGUACCUCCAGAACCCCACACCAAUGACACCGCCCUGGCAAUCGGUGUAGCUUUCCGUUGUAGACGGCAAGCAUUCGUAUGUCUAAAGCACAUAAACCUUCGCAAUUUCAUGUAUUUGUUAAGAAAACCUUUUCUUGAGUAAGACGAUAAAUCAACCGCAGCAGUAAUGAA